AUGAAGGGCAAUGACUGCAACAUACACCAGGAACCAUUUCAAGACUCUGCUGACUUGGCUGUGUUGCAAGCAGAUGGACACCAACUUAUUCUAGAAAAGAUACCAGAUUGGAAUACUGUAGAACUCAUAGUGAAUGGAGAGUCUGUUUUCCAGUGUAACAUUAAUGACCUGGACUUUGGAGGUGAUGGCAAAUUGGAUCCACUAUGUGAAGAAGCCAGAAUAGCAGUACUAAAUGGUUACUGAUUAGUGGACACAUGUUCUCUCUCAGUAUAGACCAAUGGAUUAUAUUACAGACACAUCAGAAAUGCCAGGUACAGAACUAAGAACAGCGGCACCGAACGCGGCAUCAUUUCUAGUCUGCUGGGAAAGCGCGUAGUGUGCCGUAAACGUGUGGACGGAUGACCACGUGGCUGCUCUACAGAUUUCUACAAUGGGAACAUGCGCCCCAAACACUGUGGAGGAUGCGUGAGCCCUAGUGGAGUGCACCCUAACCUGGGGUGGCUCCCUGUGGGCCAACUUAUAACACUCUGUGAUACAUGAGGAAACCCAGGUGGAUAACCUCUGGGUCAAAAUAGGAAAACCCUUCAUUCUGUCUGCAUAUGCAAUAAACAGCUGUGUUGUCGAGGCGCACCAGGAUUAAGCGCUGCGAGAUCAUGAGCAAGAACACCUCGCAUGCCCUCCUGACUGCCUGUAACUCCCUUACAUUGAUGUAUAAGGUUCUCUCGAGAGGUGUCCACACUCCCUGAGUUCUGCGGAGGCAUAGGUGAGCUCCCCAGCCAACGUUGGAGGCAUUUGUCACCAAUGUGACUGAGGGCAGCUCAAUCUGGAACAGUACCCCCCCCAUACCACCUCCCUCCGAGUCCACCAUUGAAGGGAGGCAAUUAUUCACGGAGGUACAGUGAGUAGUAUGUCCCAGUGAGCUGAAGUCUGGUUGAAAACGGUCGCCAGCCACGCCUGGAGGGGCCGAAGUCUUAGCCUGGUGUGGUGAACGAUGUAGGUACACGCCGCCAUGUGGCCCAGCAACCUCAUACAGGUGCGGGCCGAAACAAGGGGGGAACGCUUCAGGUCAUUUACCAUGGCUAGUAUGGCAUCAAACCUUACCCUGGGAAGAAAGGCUCGCGCCACCCUGGCGUCGAGGAGAGCCCCGCCAAACUAUUUCCUGACAAGGGGUCAAGAUUGACUUCUCGUCGUUCAGUAAAAGCCCCAGUCUCGUGAAGAGGGACUGUAUAGAGUCUACUUGAGAUGUCACCUGUGCCUGAGAGCGCCCCCGAACCAGCCAGUUGUCCAGGUAGAGAAAAACCUGGAUGCCCUGGGUCCUGAGAAACGCGGCUACCACCACCAUGCAGUUCGUGAAUACCCUGGAGGCCGUAGAGAGCCCAAAGGGAAGAACAGUAAAUUGAAAAUGGUCGGGGGACACAAUAAAUCGUAGAA